AUGGAGCAGGCUAUUGAUUUAUUGGAAGAUUGGAUCCAAAAGCAGGAUCAUUUUGUGAAAAAAGAUUUCCAUAGGGGAUAUUUGGAACGUGUGAUAAUUUCUACAAAAGGAUCCAUCGAGAAGGCCAAGACGAGAGUGGACAAGAUAUGCACCAUGAGAACAAUGUGGCCGCAUCUCUUCGAGAAAUGUCAUGUGAAAAGGGAUUUUCCCAAGUUACACGAAACCUACAUAAACCUCCACAUGCCAAAAUUAACGGAAGAUAACAACAGGAUAUACAUAGCAAAAGUGACAGCCAAAAGUCUCACACCAGACAUGUUUUUAGAAGCUUAUCAACAUUCUGUGAUUGAAGGCUAUGGAUUCGGCGUAAAGGGCAUAUACGUGAUUUCGACGUCCAAAUUGAUAUACACCUUCAUAAAUAUGGUAAAGCCGCUUUUAAGCGCCAAAAUUGCUGAUCGAAUAAGGGUGCUGAAAGACGUGGAGUCUUUACAAGACUAUCUGCCGAAACGUUUGUUACCAGAAGACUACGGUGGAUCCCAAAAAUCGCUGUUAACAUUAUACGAUGAAUGGGUCGAAGAACUUUCAACUGAGAAGCACGUGGCCUAUACAAAGGACAUGAGACUUGCGCGUACCAAUGAGGCGUUCAGACGAAAAGACAAAUACCAGGAUGAUUACCUAGGAAUAUCAGGGACUUUUAAAAUUCUAAGCAUCGACUGA